AUGUCGAUCGUCUUUGUGGGAAGAGUUCCACGGUUGUAUGACAGAUGGGAGGAUGCACAUGCGCAGGUUGAUCGAUACCCAAGAUGCAGACACCAGUCGUACAAAUCAUACGAUGAGGCUAGAAGGGCUUGGGAAAAUUUUCAUAAUGAUCGUGAUCAACAAAUUUUCAGGAGAUUCAAGCCGGAAGCUCGACGUGAUCAUGAAUUAGCGAUAAUUGAGGAAGAUAUUGUAGGGCUGCAGGUUUCGGAUGCGGCAAUGCCGGACCUGAACAGGGACUACAAUUCGUUUGUUGAUGGUUCUGCUAUAUGGAAAGUGGUGAUAGGAGUAUUGCUUAUAUAUGUGGUAGUUGUUUGGAUUGUUGCAAACAUAUCAUAGGGGAGGAGUAACAGGUCACGACAGCUGAUCCAAGAUAAUAGUGGAGCAUGGAGAUGAUAGUCCAUGCUUCAUGUGUUCUCUAUCUGGACUUUGAAAUAUGUAUAGAACUUAUGUUUGAUCUGUUUUGAAUGC